AGGAGUCCCGGUGCCCAGCGCGGUGGCAUGGACCGCCAGCUCAACAUCAGCUGCCUCGGCGGUGCGACGCCGGAUGCCAGUAACUGGAGCGGGUCAUCCAGCGGGCUGGAGGGCGGCAGGGCACAGCUCUCCGUAUUCAGCGUGCUUGUCCUCACCCUCCUGGCCAUGCUGGUGGUGGCCACUUUCCUGUGGAACGGCUUGGUCCUGGCCACCAUCUUCCGCGUGCGCACGUUUCAUCGGGUGCCCCACAACCUGGUGGCAUCCAUGGCCAUCUCCGACGUGAUGGUGGCGGCCCUCGUCAUGCCCCUGAGCUUGGUGCACGAAUUAUCGGGGCGGCGGUGGCGGCUGGGUCGCUCACUGUGUCAAGUGUGGAUCUCCUUCGACGUUCUGUGCUGCACUGCCAGCAUCUGGAAUGUCACUGCCAUCGCCCUCGACCGCUACUGGUCCAUCACCCGGCACCUGGAGUACACGCUGCGCACCCGGCGCCGAAUCUCCAACAUCAUGAUCGCGCUCAUCUGGGUGCUCUCUGCCUUCAUCUCCCUGGCCCCGCUGCUCUUUGGCUGGGGAGAGACUUACUCAGAGGUCAGUGAGGAGUGCCAGGUAAGCCAGGAGCCUUCCUACACCAUCUUCUCCACCUUCGGGGCCUUCUACCUGCCUCUGUGUGUGGUGCUGUUUGUCUACUGGAAGAUCUACAGGGCGGCCAAGUUUCGCAUCGGAUCUCGGAAGAACAACUCCAUCACCCCCGUCUCACCAGAAGCCCUGGAGAUAAAGGAAGCUGCCCAGCAGCCACAGAUGGUCUUCACUGUCCGGCACGCCACAGUUACGUUCCAGACAGACGGAGACACGUGGAGAGAGCAGAAGGAGAGGAGAGCUGCCCUCAUGGUGGGCAUCCUCAUUGGAGUCUUCGUGCUCUGCUGGAUUCCCUUCUUCAUCACGGAGCUCAUCAGCCCACUCUGCUCCUGCGACAUCCCGCCCAUUUGGAAGAGUAUUUUUCUAUGGCUAGGUUAUUCCAAUUCCUUUUUUAAUCCCCUCAUUUACACUGCUUUCAACAAAAACUACAACAAUGCCUUCCGGAACCUAUUCUUUAGACAGCACUGAGCAAGAGAAGCUUUCUCUGCCCCAGGAGGCUAUUCUCAGCUCUCAGUGGAACCUAACAAACUCCUGAGGGAGCUGAGAACCACAACUGCGGUGAUGCUAAGGAUGUGUCCCCAUGGGUACGUCCCAGCAAUGGUCCCCAUCCCUAUGCAGUUGCUAUUUUUUCAUGAAGCAGCAUGAAAGCAGGUUUCUCUGGCCAGCAGCAAAGAGUUCUGCCUCCAGUGCCCCACUGCUUUCCUC